GUAACUUUCAAGCGCAAGAAGAAGGGUUUCGCUUCUGCUUUACAGACUUGGAGUGAGCUCUGAUGUGAAAGUGUAGAAGAUGAUGAACGAGUGAGUACAACAAGUACAACGAACUGCUCAGAGUUCUGGUGCACCAUGUUGGACAUGUGAGUGCGAAUUACUUAAUUACGAGCGUGUGAAAUAAAAAACAACAAGAACAACAUGCUUAUUUGCGCAAAGCACCUUCUUGUCUUUGCGUACUAAACAAGACUAGUCGCUGAGCGCUUAAAUAAAAUUAGAAAGUAGAGCUUAUUUGUCAUUCGAGACGUACACCACAAAAAUGGCUCCUUCCUAUUCCGACGGCCCUCGUAUCGAGGAGAUCGACAGCGAUGAGGAACACGACGCAAAGCAGCUGGAUACCCGCAAUAGCUAUCAGAAAGCCAACGAUCUUCCGGCGAAGGAGACGGACACUAGACCUUGGGAGGAAUUACCCUUCACGGAACAGGUCGAAAAGCUCCGAGAAUUCGCCUGGAAGGUCCAGUCCCGCCACCACAAGCCCGGUAUCAAAAUGAGAAAUCCCCUCUCCCCAUAUCAAAAUGAAGUUUCUGAUGCUGGAUUUGCGUACGCAAAUCAGGUUUGUGUUGCUGGAGAGGGCUGCAGGCCCCUAUCGAGUCUGAGGAGAGAGGUUUUGCCUAGGCGCUUAGCAUGAAAAACUUCCGCACUGUAGGCCCAACAGCAUGACAAACCGCCUGCAUAAUGCGGCGGAGCCUGCGGAGUUGCCUUCUUGCAAGACAGACGCUAAUUGUGGCCACAAAUCAGCAACACAAAUUUCGAAAACGCACCUCGUCAAUAUGGGGAGGGGGGAUUUUUCCUCACGAUAGCCGGGUGUGUUCUACCGGAAGAUUUCAAGAAGCAGGCGUUUCGGGAAACGGGAAAGGUGGUGAGUUACUGCUUGGACUGUCUGAAGUACGUAUCAAAUGCAAAUAUGUUUGGGUCUGGAAGGUCACAACUUGUGAUGCUGUCUGUGGAUUCUAAAAAGAUUUGUAUUGCAUGACCAGCAAGAGGGGUCGGGUUUGUCCUACGUGGAGAGGGCAUUUCUCAUGCGGUAGAGGUAUCACAAAGCCCUCUAAAAGUCUGUGAUGCUACGGCAUGCAUCACAGACAUCAUGGCUCAUGCAAGAUAUGCGUGACAAAUCUAGAAAUCUUCCAGACCCAGACACCUUUGCAGUUGAUAGUACGUCGGGGAAGCCGAUUUUAAAGAGCGAGCCCCGGGCAUGCGGAAGCGGAUGCAGGAGAUUUUGACGGAAAUCGAACGGUUGGAACAGGAAUCGAAGGACCACCGGGCGACGUUGGCGUUCAAGCCGGACGCGGAAAGUGGGAGUUACAGCAUUCAGUCGAAAGCGAGUUGCAGCGGGAACAAGGGGGAUGGUCGGGCUCCUGGGGGAAAAGACGAGAAACUUUUGGGGGAUGAUGGUAUAAUGUCACGCGCACAAGCUGUCACUUUUGCUUUUCUUGCUCGGAUGCGCCAUUAUAUUCGAGGACGCGUCUAGGUGUAGGUGUUAUUGUUAUUCACGAUGAAUUAUACUACGUGAUUAUGGUGUCAUGAUUUCGUCUCAGGAAUGAACUGUAUUGGAAUUUCCCACCACAGAAACUGCAGCAGGAGCAUCCACUUCAUCCUCCUCUUCCACCGGACCGUCGACAAAAAUGCCGGCAGAACUUGCGGAAUCCAAGAAAUGCAACGGCAUCACCGCGACCGGAGUGAAACAGUACUUGAAGGGGAAUGUGCUCAAACUCCCAAAACUCGGCCUCGGGGACACGGACAUGGGGAGUGUGCUGGAGGUUUGCAAAGGUGAGAGGACAGUAGAGUUGCAAAACGAUGUUCGAGGGGAAUGUAAUUGUUUGCAAGAAAGAACAAGACGCAUAACAUACUCUUUUCCAUGCCUACUUUUAUCGAACAUCCACCUGUCUUUGAAAAUCGAAAACGAAAAUAAAAAAAUCACAGACUCGUCUUACAUCCAGACCCUGGACCUUUCCCACAACGAAAUCGCGGACGCGGGGAUGCAGCAGUUGGUGGCCUUCCUCGCGAGUCCGGAUAAUUUACCCUCUUUAAAGACCGUGCGGAUUGACGGCAAUGCGGAGAUGACGGAAUUGGGGAGGUGCAUGGUGACCGGGUUACGGAUGCUACGGAAGAAGGUCGAAUUUGUCGCGACCGAGGAGGAGGCAGCGAAGUUUUGUGCUGCGGUGGCUUGUGCGGUAGAGGAACCGGGGGAAGGGAAAUCAACUGCGAAUUCUGCUGGCGCGGGCGUUGAAAAUAAGUCGGCGUCUGAUCACAGUGAAGACAGGAGUGGUGUGGAUGAGGAGCAGGGUAGGAAAGCAAGUGCAGAAAAAUCUGUGGAAAAGGAAGUCGAAGUAGUUGAAAAACCAGUAGAAUCGAAGGACGAACUCGACGAUUUGGAUUGAUCAAAAUCGAAUCCACAUCAGCAUUGCCAUUAGGCUGAUAGCGAAGAUACAUCAGGGAGAGUUCAGAU